UAAUUAGUUUCUCCUUCAUGCUCAGGUCUUGCUCUCUGUCACCAAGUCUAACUUCUCUUUUUGCUAGUAGUCAACAGGAAAUCUGCAAAACCACAGACUGUGUUAAACAAACAGGCCGCCAGUUUCAACAUGCAAUUACGCCACUAGGUCAACUGAAAUGAGCCAAAUGAAGAGGGGUGGAUCGUGGCCAUAAGAGAGAGGAACAGGAAGAGACAGAUCAAGCAGACUGUGAGAGUUGUCGAUGCAUCGUGUCAGCUUUUAGCCCUUUUCAGACUCGUUUGUCAGAUGUAGUUUUGCCUGAGAUAUGUGGGAGUUAAUGCAUGUCCGUACACGGAGGUGAGAUGCAUGUGGGCUUUACUUGACAUUCCGCUCAGAAGACCUCAUUUUAACUCUUCUUUAAGGUUGAGAAGGCUCUCGUAUUUUCCUCUAUGGAGAGCUCGGCUGAAGCUACGAUGGACUCCUGCGAGGUCAAAGUUGAAACCUCGGCGGACAAGCAGUUGGAACUUCUUGUCAUUCUGGAGGAGGGGGAUGAACCUUCGGAUGUGAUAAACAGCAGAGAGAGAGGAAAGAGCGUUCUGAGAGUGAGGACGGCUGACGAAAACACAAACGAUGAUUCUGGUGGCAUUACAGAAGAGGGCAGUUCGCAGGAUCACAACAAUGUCCAAGUAGGAGAAAGUGAGAGUGAAGCAACACCAAAAGAAAUGAGUGAGGAGAGGAAUGCAAGUCAACAGGAGGAUAAAACGGGAUGUGAAAAUGUUACAAAAACGGAUAAGAGGUUGUCAGACGGGACAGCUGAACAUAUGUCUGCGAGACCAGAGAAGAUGCCACAAGAUAAACCAAUCGCUCUGGCAGAAGUAAAGCUGCGGCCCAGAGACAGACUGAGCCCUGAUGAUGCAAAGCCAACGGUUCACAGGUUAUCUCCAGAUUUCCCUGACGCUCUGUGUGAGCUGUUAUAUACGAUACAGGAGGGUCGUCGGCUCAAUGACCAGCGCUGCUCGUUUCGCUUGGAGCACCGCAGGAGAUGCUACUCUGAGCCCAGCACACCUCGCCACAGCCAGAGAGUGGUGUUUUCCUCCAUGACAUCCCUGCAGAAGGAAGAGUUCUUCGAUUUGCUGGCGACAUCUCAGGGUCGUCGACUCGAUGACCAGAGAGCAAAGCUGCUGGACGCUCCCUCUGCUCCUCCAGCUCCUCUGGCCAAAACCAAACAGAGGAAGAGCAGCAUCUGGAGGACCACAGAGGUCAACCGGACAGUUCCCACGCAAACACCCAACGAGGACUUCUACAACAUGAUCGUCAACACACAAGCCCAGGGGCGUCUGGAGGAGCAGCGCAGUGCAGCUCCAGGGCCGAUGGACGAUGAGGAUUUCUUUUCUUUGUUGCUGAAGGUUCAGGGUGGAAGAAUGGAUGAACAGAGAACGGAGCUCAAACCUGUUCAUUAAAGGGAUAGUUAACCCAAAAAUGAAAACGUACUCGCUAUUUACCCUCCCUCAAAUGGUUUCAUUAUGCCGAUGAAGACAAAAAAAGACAUUUAGAGAAAUCCUGAAAACCUGUAACCACUCAACACCAUAGUAGGAAAAAACAAAUACUAUGGAAGUCAAUUGCUGUGUCAAUACACACUUUUAGAAUGGUGAAUAAGUAUGAGUGGGUGAAUUGUGACACUGCAAUUGACUUCCAUAGUAUUUGUUUUUCCUAUUAUGGAAGUCAGUGAUUACGGGUUUUCAGCAUUUUUACAAAUAUCUUCAAUUGAACAAAAAGAGACAUUUUGAAAAAUGCUGAAAUUCUUCAACCAUAGAUUUCCAUAAUAGGAAAAACAAAUACUAUGGAAGUCAAUUGCUGCAUCCCAAUUCACCCACUUAUACAUGAAAGCUUUUCUUCACAAAAAAGGACAUACUUUUGAGUGUGAAAGAGAAGAGUAUGCUAGCUUUGGGACAUCCCACUUCCUCAUUAACAGAUCGUUAUGUUGCUUAAGUAAGCGCCCGGUCAAUCAUCUUCACACAUUGUCCACGUUUCUUUCAUAUUGGAUUUCCUACCUUACUGCAGAAGCAGCAGGUUAAUCUGCUAUUCACGAGUCUUUCAUGCAGAGAAAUCUCCACAGGUCUUUGCAUAAAUAUGCAUUCAGAAGUUAAUGUCCAAACACGUUUUUAUAUACAUUUAAUAAGUCAGAAUAAGUCAGAAUUAUUAGCCCCACAUUGAUUUUUUUCUUCUUUUUUUAUAUUUCUCAAAUGAUGUUUAACAAGGCGAUGCACUGGCGCAGUAGGUAGUGCUGUCGCCUCACAGCAAGAAGGUUGCUGAUUUGAGCCUCGGCUAGGUCAGUUGGUGUUUCUGUGUGGAGUUUGCAUGUUCUCCCUGCGUUCGCGUGGGUUUCCUCCUGGUUCUCUGGUUUCCCCACAGUCCAAAGACAUGCGGUACAGGUGAAUUGGGUAGGCUAAAUUGUCCAUAGUGGAUGUGUGUGAAUGAGUGUAUGGAUGUUUCCCAGAGAUGGAAGGGCAUCCGCUGCGUAAAACAUAUGCUAGAUAAGUUGGCGGUUCAUUCCACUGUGGCGACCCCUGAUUAAUAAAGGGACUAAGGCGAAAAGAAAAUGAAUGAAUGAUGUUUAACAGAGCAAAGAAAUUUUCACAGUAUGUCUGAUAAUAUUUUUUCUUCUGGAGAAAGUCUUAUUUGUUUUAUUUCGGCUAGAAUAAAAGCAGUUUUGAAUUUAAGCAUCAUUUUAAGGUCAAAAUUAUUAGCCCCUUUAAGUUAUAUUUAUUCGAUAGUCUACAGAACACACCAUCUUUAUACAAUAACUUGCCUAAUUACCCUAACCUGCCUAGUUAACCUAAUUAACCUAGUUAAGCCUUUAAAUGUCACUUUAAGCUGUAUAGAAGAGUCUUGAAAAAUAUCUAGUCAAAUAUUAUUUACUGUCAUCAUGGCAAAGAUAAAAUAAAUCAGUUAUUAGAAAUGAGUUAUUAAAACUAUUAGGUUUAGAAAUGUGUUGAAAAAUUCUCUCCGUUAAACAGAAAUUGGUGGAAAAAAAUUAACGGGGGCUGAUAAUUCAGGGGGGCUAAUAAUUCUGACUUCAACUGUAUACAAGUUUAAAGUGUUGUCGGAAGUGAAACACAGCACGGAAUACAUGAUUUCAAUAUUUUGUAGUAGGUUACAUCAGUGGUUCCCAAAGUGGGGGUCACAAAAAAAUGAGGGGGGGGGGGUCACUUGUUGAUUUCCAAAAUAUCAUAUAUGUUAUUACACUUUUAGAAUUACCAUAUUUAUACACAACCCGCAGAAGAUAAAAUAGUAUUUAAUAGUUACAUAAAAACAACAUGCAAAUAAAAAGCUAUCAGCCUUUCAGUUCUUUUUCCAUUGGAUUUUGACCCCUGUGGUUAUUACGAUAGAUUAAUGACACAGCAAUAGUGUUUAGUUGCAGCAGAUUGAUUUUCACGACAAUGUUGCACUUUUGACACCUUUACGGCACUCACAUACAUUAAACAUAAAGGCCACGACUGAACAUAGUGGACGUUCUCCAAGUGGCGGUCUACAAAAUUAAACCAAGAAUAGUUUUGUGCUGUAAACAUUGCCCACCGUUCUCAUUAAGUGAGUGUAAUAUUAAAUGAAACAAAUGAAUAAUGACUAUAAAAUUAUAUGGUUGUUAGACUGUGCCACUUUUUUGUGUUGUCAAUAAGCUCGUUUAUAUAGUUCCUAUUGGUGUGUGUGCACUGUUGUGUGCAAUGUUUGUCUGUCUAUAACCACCUCCGAGGAUAGUGGGGGUCGCGAGUCACUGGAAUUGUUAUUUUAGGGGUCGUAAGCUGAAAAGUUUGGGAACCCCUGGGUUGGAUGUUAAUUAACAGUCAAAAAGUCUCUCUACUUGACUGUCGGUCUUGCGCAUCCACCAUGUUCGUAGUUUGUUGACACUUUUUACCCAUGUUUGUAGUUCUAAUCGGAUUCGCGCCCAGCGUGCAAUGUAUUGUGGGAAAAUAGCGGCCACAGUACUCUACCAGAAAUAGUACCCCAUCUAUUCUAUCAAAUUUCAACGUACACUAUCUAGGAACCUUUGGCAUAGGCUACUAUUUUCAACAUACUACAGUUUGGAACACACUAAUUCUAUUUUCUAUUACUAUUUAGGAUAGGUAGUAUGCGAAUUGGGAUGCAGCAUAUGGAAGUCAGUGAUUACAGAUUUUCAGCAUUUUUCCAAAUAUCUUCUGUUGAACACAAAAGAGGAUAUUUUGAAAAAUGCUAAAAAGCUGUAACCAUUGACUUCCAUAAUAAAAAAACAAAUACUAUGGAGGUCAAUGGUUACAGAUUUUCAGCAUUUUUCUAAAUAUCUUCUGUUGAACACAAAAGAGGAUAUUUUGAAAAAUGCUGAAAAGCUGUAACCAUUGACUUCCAUAAUAAAAAACAAAUACUAUGGAGGUCAAUGGUUACAGGUUUUCAGCAUUUUUCCAAAUGUCUUCUGUUGAACACAAAAGAGGAUAUUUUGAAAAAUGCUGAAAAGCUGUAACCAUUGACUUCCAUAAUAAAAAACAAAUACUAUGGAGGUCAAUGGUUACAGGUUUUCAGCAUUUUUCCAAAUGUCUUCUGUUGAACACAAAAGAAGAUAAACGCUGAUAAGCUGUAACCAUUGACUUCCAUAAUAAAAAAACAAAUACUAUGGAGGUCAAUGGUUACAGAUUUUCAGCAUUUUUCCAAAUAUCUUCUGUUGAACACAAAAGAAGAUAUUUUGAAAAAUGCUGAAAAGCUGUAACCACUGACUUCCAUAAUAAGAAAAACAAAUACUAUGGAGGUCAAUGGUUACAGGUUUUCAGCAUUUUUACAAAUGUCUUCUGUUGAACACAAAAGAAGAUAAAAACUGAUAAGCUGUAACCAUUGACUUCCAUAUUUGAAAAAACAAAUACUAUGGAGGUCAAUGGUUACAGGUUCAACAUUUUUCAGAACAUCUUCUUUUGCGAUACAAAUAUCUUCUCUUGUGAUCUUCUUGUGUUUACAGAAGAUAGAAAGUUAGACAGGUUUAGAAGUAAAGGGUGAGUAAUCGAUGACAGAGAUUUUCAGUUUUGGGUGAACUAUCCCUAACAGAUGCUGUGAAGUGUGAAGCUGAGAAACAAACAGAGGUUCCUGCUUUCCUAGGCCUCGAACAAUGUGUGAGUUUAUACUGUCAGGCUCCUUCCUGCCCACAUAUAAAUAAAUGUUAAAGAUCAGACUCCCAAUAUAACAAUACUUGCACUACUUUUCAACGUUGCUACAUUUAAUACGCUUGAGUUCAUGGCUCUGUAGGAAUAAUGAAAUGGAAGAGAUGCAGAAUGUCUCUUGCUUUAAACAUUCUGGGUAAUUUUGAAGGAUCUCAGCCUCUUUCUGUUUAUGUACAUGCUACCGUAUUAUAAAUAAAAUAAAUGUUUUAAUAUGAAUUAAGAAAAUUACUGUUUAUGAAAUGUUUUACAAAUUUCUAAAGUCUUUGUGAAAUUCAACAAAAAAAAUUCUGUUGCAGACUUAUACAC